AUGACUAUUUAUGCAAUAUUUUUUAAAUCCGAACUCACUCCCCUUACUCCUCUAUCUUUCCCCACACUCUGCAUCACCAUAUUUAUAUCCAUUCGCAUUCAUUAUCAACUUUUUAUUCCAUUUUAUUUACCAUAUUUCAUUAUUCGGAUAGCCUCUAUAAGCAUUAGUAAUAGGAUUAUUUACACUUUUACCCCCUUAUAUCGCAUCUCCAUUAUCACUUCCGUAACUUCCAUCACUGCUGAACAUUUUGCUUCUGUAAUUAAUCCCUUUCCUGUUCUAGUCGUGCAGCCUACGGGUGCUCGGACGAUCCGGGCUACCGGAAACAUUCCGUUUUCAGGGACCGGCGCAAAUUCGGCUACGGCUACUGUUGGUGCAGGCACCCCCCUGCACACCUUGGAAUUCGGGCCGUCAGAUCAGCCGCGCUUGAUAGAAUGUUUGGAGCUAUGUUGCUUUACUGCCUCUAGCCCAGUAGACGACAAAGGGACUACCUCUUUGAAUAACAAACAAGCUGGCAUGUUACCUAAACUGACAACCAGCGUUGAUCCAGACUCGAUACCAGCCUCUGCCCGGAUUCUAGACCUCCAGGUAAGCCAAGAUCCUGGAUCGGGACCCAAAAUAAUUGACGCUCUGGAUUCAAGCCAACCUCAAAGUGGCACCAUCGUCCGCUUGGUCAUCUCUCCUUCAUAUACCUUCCUUCUUGCUGUCACAAGCUCGGGAAGAGUCUACUUGGUCAGCCUGCUUACGCUACAUCAGCAAAAUCAGACGCCACAGCCUCCGGGCCUGAUUGAAGGUAGUGGAAGUGCUGCAUCGAGCAGAGCGAUUAGCACAGCUGGCCAGCAGGAAGAUUGCGGGGCUCAAGUGAAGGCAGCAAUUAUGUUACAAACGAGUUGUGAUGCUUAUGUUGGUCUGGCCCAGCUAGGCCCAGUUGACACAAACACAUGUAUCGUACGUACUAAUAGUGUCUUCCCCAAAAUUCUAAUGAAUAUCAUUUUUCAAUUUUUAUCAUAA